AUGGCCUCCGACCUGGACUUCUCCCCUCCUGAGGUGCCCGAGCCCACGUUCCUGGAGAACCUGCUGCGGUACGGACUCUUUCUGGGGGCCAUCUUCCAGCUCAUCUGCGUGCUGGCCAUCAUCGUACCCAUCCCCAAGUCCUUGGAGGCGGGGGCAGAACCUUCUGAGCCCAGAAGUGCUGAGGUGACGAGGAAGUCCAAGGCUACCCCUCCUUCGGCAAGCAAGAGACCCAAGAAGGAGACCAAGAAGAAGCGGUAG